GUUGACCCGCUAAAGAGGUUCUAUGCACAUUUUGACAUUAGACGCAUUGUUUAUUUUGUUUAUCUGUGGAUUAUGUUGACACUAGGAGGUGUUUUGUUGUGCGUCAGUGUAGGAGAUACAGUGAGAGUGAAAUACGUAUGGAACUGCUGCUAAAAUUGCCCUUUUUCACGGCGUCGCUCCAUUCGUAAUACAAUUUAUUGUAGCGUGAUGUCGUUUACUGUUCCGAAACUAGCUGUGAAAGACAGCUUCGACGAAGAUGAUGGGAGCGAUGAUGUUGAGGACGAAGUGUUUAUUCGUGACGGUAGAAAUGGUUUCAAAGUGGACGAAGAAAGAGGAGUGAAACGACCACUUAUGGCCCCAAGAAGGAAAUUAAAAAGCACACAUCUUCAAAACGAAACUGGCAAAGUUUCGUCCUGUAAAGUUUUCUGCGUACCUUGUUGUUACGGUGUAAUAGCAUUGACGGCACUUUUAGGUCUGAUAAUGCUUGUGGUGUUUCUUAUUAUGUGGUUCCCAUUUCCUCUGGAUCAAGUUGCAUUCUGGAGACUGGGUCAGCACAGCAAUAUUGGAGGUUCCUCAGCUCCUUGUACAGAAAUACGAGUAACUGACAUCUGGAAGAAGAAUUUUCCUAAGUUUACAUCAGAGUCUGCAGUUCAGCUGAAUGAUGUUAAUGAUGAUGGAAUAGAUGAUGUGAUCAUUGGUUACGGGACAGGAGCUGAUGGUGAUACAGACCCAAAAUUUGUAUGCACUGUGUACUUUAAUGGGGCCUCACCUUGUUUUGGUGGCCUUUUGGCACUUGAUGGCUUAACAGGGAAUGUUUUAUGGCAACACUGGGCACCCCACACUGUUUUUAGAGUUGACUGCAAUGCAGAUGUUACGGGUGAUAAGAUUAAAGACUGUUUGGCAACUGGGAAAGGAGGUGUAUUCCGAGUAAUCAAUGGACAUGAUGGCAGUCUUGUAUGGCAUAUGCAGUCGCAAACUUCCUCUCCAUUACAUCAUCUGAAUGUCUACACUGGCCGUUUUAUCCAUGAUGUUGAUGGUGAUGGUGUACUGGAUAUCGUGGCAACACAUACAGAAGAGACUUUAGAUGGUGAUGGGGUGACAUCUUUGCUGGGUCAUCUCAUGCUUGUGAGUGGCCGUCAUGGCAGAAUGCUCCAGAGUGUACCUACACCAGGAAGAGAGGAAAGCUACUAUGCUCCUCAAAUUCUUAUUCGUUCAGAUGGAGAAAAUGUAGUUAUAUUUGGAACUGGUGGCCACAACUCAGCUGGAGGUCUCUACGUCGUCUCAUUACAGGAACUCAUGUUAGGAGAAAUGCAACAUGUAAAAGUCCUCUAUAGAGAUGAGUUCAAAGGCAUAAUGUCACCAUCCGUACUAGCUGAUAUAACUCAUGAUGAUGUAGAGGAUAUAAUAACUGCAGCUUUCAAUUCAACUGUUCUGGCAUUUGAUGGGCAGCGUUUGAAAAUGUUGUGGAAUUACACUGUUCCCAAUUCUGAGACUUUCAGUAUGCCCACACCUGGUUACUUCAAUGAUGAUGAUACGCCAGAUUUUUUGGUGAAAUACCAGACAGGACCUGGUUUUCCAGUCUACUAUUAUUCACAGACAUUAAUACUUGAUGGCAAAAGUGGUGCUCUUAUCAUAGAUGAACCACUAAUUGACACUGCAGGCUCUCAAACUGGAGGCCUCACUAUUAGCAUGGAUGGAAUGGGAAAUGACGUGUUUUUGUAUUGGAGUGCUGACUGUCUGGGACAUGAAAAAGCCCAGGAUGUGUAUGCGUUCAUGCCAAAUACACCUAUACAAGUGCAGAGCAGAGCCAAUAUCUGUAAGCUGCGAUUCAAUGCCACAUUAAUAACAAAGCUGCUAGCAUUGAGUCAGCAUUUGGAACCACCUGGAGUGGCUGUGUAUUCUUCAGAGGACUACAGGGCUUUUGAAUAUAACAACACAGUUAAUGGGUCUACUGAAUUGCAAAAUUACAUUGAUAAACAUCCAGACUUUUGGGAAAUGUAUGGAAGGCAGAAGAUUCUGGGAAAAGAAGCUGAAUUUGAGGGAGAGGAACUUGCAGAGAGUGAGCCUAAUUUCAGAUCGAAAGGCAGCUCAUCUCACAUUCCAGAAAGUGAGCACAAAAAUACUCAGGACCAUUAUUUAAGAGGGCCAUACCAAGUCAUGAAUCGUGGUCGCAACAGGAAGCCCAGUAGCCAUAUGUUUAUUGGAGAAGAUGAGGAAACAUUGCCAAGUUACAAUGGAAAUAAUGACUAUCCAGACGUGAGGAAACAUGGUAUCAGUUUGCCAAGACAACAUAAAUCAAAUUCAGAAUGGAGACAUGAGUGGCAGAACUCACCUAUCUCAACACAGGAUGAGAGAAUAGUUGACAAGCAUAAAAUCAAUAAUUAUCAGAAUAUGAACCCACCUUCUGAUGUUCUUGAAAAUUCAUUGCCAACCCAUGAUUCAGAUUAUGACUUGAUGUAUGACCCAGCAGCAGAAGACUCAUUAACUGUUCACCCAAGACAGAGGGACGAAAGAAGUAGUCAGCAAACUGAACUAAAUCAGAAACAAAAAAUCCAAUCUAGUGCAGAUGUUCUUGGAAUACAACGGCUCACUUCUGCAGGUGUGUUAGCAACACCAACUGUAAUUGCAAGUGACACUGAAAGCAUUGAUGUUAUUUUUGCUACUUACUGGAUACAGCCAUCUCCCAAUGUUAAUAUUCUGUCAGCAAAACAGAUUGAAUGUAUAGAGAAAAAACUUCAAGGCAAAUAUUUUGGAGCAGAAAAAGAGUCUCUUAAGAUGAGAGUAGUUAAGGAGUGUUAUAACACAAAAAUAGUGGAAAAGAAGCCUGAGCCAACACCAUUUUCCAUAAAUACUGGACAGAUGACUGUUUACAGACUAAGACUAAGUUGUGUGUGUAAGAACACAAAUAGUGAAGAUGGGUGUGCAAAUGUUUUGCCCAUGUACAGACAAAGUUGGCCAACUGCUGCAGGAAUUCUAAGCACUGGUUACUUCAAACCUAGAAACUCAGUAUAGGGGCAAAACAGAAAUGUACAGUUACGGGUAGCCUCUAAGAAAUGUAUAAUUUAAUGCAGUAUAAUCUAUGCCUAUUUGUUGUGCUUCAGUUUUGCAGCCUAAGUACAGUAUAUGACUAUUAAUUCCUUAUUGUUUAUACACAACUUUGGUGUUCUGUUCCAGUAAUUAUUUAUAUAAAGAAUUUGCUGGUGAUGAACUGUAUUGUACUGAUUGCAUCAUAUUAUGAGUAUGUAUGCUACAUUUAUUAAUUAAAAGCAAUUAUACAGCACAUA